AUGAAGUUCGUCUCCUCCAUAGCCGCCCUGGCCGUCCUGGCUGCAGCGGCGCCCCAUGACAAGAACAAGGCGCCGCAGCAGUCGCUCGAUGUCAAGCUCAGCAUGGUCGGCAACACAAAGGUCGAGGCCAUCCUCACAAACACGGGUCCCAAGGCAGUGAGGCUGCUAAAAUCCGGCACCAUCCUUGGCAACAGCCCAACGAAAAAGGCGACGGUAUCUUCAGGAGGUCCGUUUGUUCCGCAGCCCACGCCCUGCCCGGCUUUGAUUUAUUCCCAUUCGUUUCUGCUCUUGCUUGGGAUCGCAUAG